AUGGAGUCUAAGAAUGGAAAAUUGUUUGUCGGAGGAAUUUCUGAGGAGACAAACGAAAAGGCGCUCAAAUGGCAUUUCAGCGAAUAUGGAAAAGUGAAAAGCUGUGAAGUUAUUAAACAUCGAAUGACAGGCCAACCAAGGGGGUUUGGCUUUGUCACGUUUGAAGGCCCAUCUGUGGUUGAUAAAGUCCUUCAGGAUCGCCACGCCAUUCUUGGAAGACUGGUAGAAGUGAAAGUAGCGAGACCCAAAGGUGAGAGACAACAGAACUGUUGCUGCCAAUCAUGCUUUCACCUUCGACAACAGGAGAACCAUGGCAUUAGUGGAAGCACCUAUUAUGGUGGUUGCAAUACUCACUUUAAAACUAAGAAGAUUUUUGUUGGGGGCUUACCAUCUAACUUGACAAAGGAAGAGUUCAAGAGGUAUUUUGAGAGAUUCGGUACCAUUGAGGAGGUGAUUAUGAUUUAUGACAAAGAAAACAAUAGGCCUAGGGGCUUUGGAUUCAUCACUUUUGACUCGGAGGAGACUGUAGACAUUGUGUUGCAAAUGCGUUAUCAUGGACUGAACAAUAAGCUUGUGGAGGUAAAGAGGGCUAAACCUAAGCACAGGUGUAUUAAUGAAUUGAGAUUCGGAGGAUGGUCUACUUUUGGUGGUUUUGGGGAUUAUUCGCCAUAUGCUAAUUGCUUCAGCUGUUGUGCUGCUUGUGCACUGCGUUCAGGUUACUAUUAUGGAACAGGGGCUUACUCCAGCGUGUAUAAUGGAGUUGGUUAUGAGACGUCUUCAGGCAUGCCUCAUUUUUAUCAAAAUAGUACAGUGUCAUAUGGAAGUCUGGGUUCUUAUCCGACAUAUAUAGAUGGUGGGGCUUAUGCGACCUACUGGGAUACUCAGCUACUGGAUAUGACUCAUGGUAUUGUUCAUUAUUCAUGCCCAAAAGAAGAUGGUAAUCCAAAUCAUCAUGCAGCUUUCGUGUCUACUUACAAAUGUGAACCUAAUGGAGAUGAUACUUGUGGUGAUGCUGAGCUUCCAGAUAUUGCAAGCAAAGCUUGGGGUCCUGGUGGAUUAGUUUCUGAAAGCAUAGGUGCUGAAGAGAAAAAGGGAGUAGAUAACCAAUCAAGGCCUCAGAAAUCUAGCUACGAGACAUCUGUUAUGCCUGUACCCAGCAAUACCUUAAAUGAAAAUGAUGAUGGUGGUCAGGUUGAGGUUCAAACUAAUACAAGUCUGCCUUGUUUUGAUGCAGAUAAUGGUUCAGAAAAUAACGGAGCAAAUAGCCUAGGCCUUGCCACUCUGGUUGACUCUCAGAAAGAUUCAGGUCAGUAA